CAUUAGGUAAAGCAGAGGCGGCGGGGAAGGGAGCUUUUCCAGAACGAGUCCCGCCGCGGCCCUGACGGCGUUUCCGGCCGUGUAGAGAAUUCAGAGAUCUACAUUGAAUUGAGAAACAAGUUACAACUUUCUGACUGGGCAAAAUGCUGGAAGAAGAUUUGGAGGUGGCCAUCAAGGUGGUUGUGGUUGGAAAUGGAGCUGUUGGGAAAUCUAGUAUGAUCCAGAGAUACUGCAAAGGAAUUUUUACAAAAGACUAUAAAAAAACAAUUGGAGUUGAUUUCUUGGAAAGAGAAAUGCAAGUCAAUGAUGAAGAUGUCCGGUUAAUGCUAUGGGAUACGGCAGGUCAAGAAGAAUUUGAUGCAAUUACUAAAGCUUAUUAUAGAGGAGCCCAGGCUUGUGUGCUGGUGUUUUCAACUGUUGAUAGGGAAUCGUUUGAAGCAAUUCCUACCUGGAGACAAAAAGUCGUAUCUGAAGUCGGAGACAUUCCCACAGUUCUUGUUCAGAAUAAGAUUGACCUCCUUGAUGAUUCUUGUAUAAAAAAUGAAGAAGCAGAGGCGCUUGCAAAAAAACUAAAAUUAAGAUUUUAUCGGGCAUCUGUAAAGGAAGACUUAAAUGUAACAGAAGUCUUUAGGUAUUUGGCUGAGAAGUAUCUUCAAAAACUUAAGCAACGAAUAAUGGAAGAUCCAGAAGUUGUACACACAAGUAGUAACAGAAUUGGUGUUUUCAAUACGGCAGGUGGAAGUCAUUCUGGCCAGAAUUCCAACUUGCUUAACGGAAGUGACGUCAUCAACCUUAGGCCAAACAAACAAAGGACCAAGAAGAGCCGAAGCCCUUUCAGCAGCUGCAGCAUACCCUAGAACUGCAAAUCAUGGUCUGACCGAGUUGUUUAACUGAAGUCCUUAAGGAACACAACUGGCUGUAGAGGUGUUUUAUCAGUGCUUUAGCAGAGUUGCACACAAUGGACCUACACCGAUAGGGAAUACUGCUGUUAAAAUGAAUGAUUUGUAAUGGCAAAUAGUGAGAUCCUAAGAGGGUCAGAAAUAAUACCAUUGACCAAUGCAUUCAUUUGACAUUCAGUAAGACAACUUUCUAGUUGAAAGGAAUGAUGAAUUAAUAUAUACAGUAGGUUUCAUUUUAAACAAAAUUUGAGCUGAAAUACUUAAAAUAUCUCAUUCAUAAAAUAGUUUUUCUACUUGUUAGAUCCUGUGGCUCAGAGGCAGAGCCUUAACAAUGAAGUAAAAAUUAACAGUUUUUUAAACAGUCCAGUAUAUAUUUUGGCAAGAUUGGUGGUGCAAUAUUUGUACCACUUAGGAAAUUUAACUGCAGUGCGUAUCUGCAGAAACAUCGUCAAAGGUUCAGGUAGCUAAACACGAAUUAGGUCUAAGUCGAAGUUUCUGGCAACAAAACAAGUUGAUUGACAAAUUCAAACUUUUUUUCUAAUGGUACUGGCACAUUUCACUUUUCUCUACACUGUGGGCCUUAACUUUUUUUUUGUGCCAAAAAGUAAUGUUUAUGCUGCUAUAUUUCUAUAUUUUUUGUCAACUAUUGUCAGACACACACCGUAUGUUCUAAAUUAUAACAGGACAAGUAAAUGAAAAAUGAAAUGGUAUAACCAAGCAGAAUAUAGCAGGUUCCUUUAAAAAAAAAUCCUCUAUUAAUUUACAUCCUUCAUACAUUCUUAUGAAAAAUAUGAAGGGAUUUGUUAUCAAAAGAUUAAAAAUGCAUCUUAUAUCUAAUGUGCAUUCCUAUUAAGGAAAUAAGGCCCUUUUUCUGGUAUUAAACGAUGUGCCUGUUUUUGAUGACAUUGUGUGAAUGUAAAGUUACUGUCUUAAUGUCUGCUUAGCUAAUACUGAACAGAUGAAUGGGACUUGCUUUGAGUAAACAUGCACUUUUCCACUGAUGCUAAUGUACCUCCACAUAAUAUAUUUAGGUUCAGGGUGUUAAAAAAUGAAAUCUUACUUUACAAUAUUAUUCAUAAACCUUUCACCUGAUGAAGUAUGCCUCUGCAAUAUUGUUUUCUGUUUACAAACUAUUCCUACAGUAUUUCUGUAACAAACUUCUGCCAGCAGCCAAUUACUGUUUCUAAGAAAUGUUAAAAUAUCAAUAGUUCAGGAGCAUAGUUAUAUUCAAGACCAGAGCUGGAACUCUGCCAGCCUGAUUACAACAUUUUUUUUCUAUAUGAAUAUUAUUUUACAUUUUAUGUCUGUAAACACUAAAACAUUAUACUUAAAAGAGAUUUUUCUUGUCCAAAAGUUUGUAUCUUGUAUUUGGAACAGGGUUCUUAUAUCCUGUUAAUUUAAUUAUAAUCUAAAAAAUAAUGACAUUUUUUCCAAUGAUUACUUGGCCUCUGUUUCGUACUGAACAGUGUACCAUUCCUCUUGCUUAAGUAACCAUUCUCAUUGUUGGCAAUGAGGCGGGAUAUGAACAAUAUCCCUUUUCAUCCCUCCCUUUAAACAAGUCUAGCUAGUCACUAGGUGACUAUAUACGGGUCCAGAUUAUAUUUGUGUUGGUUUAUGGGAUAAGUACACAAACAUAUUCAAAGUUGUUCAUUGUCUGGUAAAAAAACAUCUUGGUUUAAAUAACUAGGUUCUGCAUGCAUGCUAUUUUUAUAUGGAAAUUUCUACAUUAAAUGAUAGCCGUAUAUGUU